GCUGCAAUGAGCACCCCGAAACACUAGAGGUCAGUCAUUUGUUGUUGUGUUCUGCUGUUCGGAGUUCAAAGAAGAAACAUCUCAAGAUGGACAAGUUUUACGAGGAAAAAGUGAAAGUGCCAUUUGGGAAGAAGCAUCUGGAUGCUGCCCUGUGUGCUCCUACCUCAGUGAAACAUGCUCUCACAGCCGUCAUACUCACUCAUGGUGCUGGAGGAGACAUGAACUUCAGACAUCUGGUCUCUCUGGCACAUGCACUGGCUUCAAAAGGCUUCCUCUGUCUCCGUUUUACAUGCAAAGGUUUAAACCUGGCUUACAGAGUGAAGGCUUACCAUGCUGUGUGGCACUACUUAAAAUCACUACAGACGUUUACCAUAAAGCACAUAUUUGUUGGCGGCAGGUCAAUGGGAUGUCGUGCCGCCGCGGCUGUAGCCAGGCAACUCAGCGAUGAAUCAGAGGACGCUGUUCAGGGUGUGAUCUGCCUGUCUUUUCCCCUGCACCCCCCAGGACAGACAGAUGCACAUCGACAACGGAGUGAAGAUCUCAAGGGGCUGCCCGAACACAUGGCAGUGCUGUUUGUAUCUGGCACAGAGGACAACAUGUGUGACAGAGUCCUUUUUGAUGGAAUGAUAAAGGAAAUGAAAGCUCAAGUUGAGGUUUUCUGGCUAAACGGAGGCAACCAUGGACUGACAGUGAAGGGAAGGUCGGAGGAGUCUGUGAUGGAUGAAGUGAAUUUACAAGUCAUCACCUGGAUGAGUAAAUUGAGAGAAUAGAUUCAUUUAUGACUUCAGAUCAUUUUGAUUUUCUUUGUUUUGUUUUGUUCUACUUGUUAAAUAAAGUAUUUUUUUAUACAA